AUGCAAGGGGUGGAUCAGAGGAGAAAUCGGCGAGAUGAGGGAGGACUGCGCUUCAUGGACUGGUUUAAUGGCGUCCAUGAGCAAGAACGGGAGAAGCCGUUCAAGAUUCUCCUCUUUGCUUAUCCCCGAUCUGGGUCUUCCCUCAUUGGCGAUCUCCUUUCUGCCGCUAAUCGGUCCAGGUACUACUUCGAGCCGCUGUACUUCAUCGACGACCUCGACCCGUCGACGUACAACUUCAGCAAGCGGGCGGAAGAGAUCCUAGAUAGCCUCUUCCGCUGCGACCUCAGGAAAGUGGAUGCAGCAGCGGGGAAGACGAAAAGGUACAAAGCCUGGAAAAAGGGGAAGGGGUACGGGGAUCCUCCGUGCGUCUCCUCCCAGCUGGACUACAUCGUCCAGAAGGUCAUCCGACUGCCUGCCACUCACCAUGUCAUCGACUGGCUCGAACGCAAUCCAGAUAUAUUGGUGAUCCAUCUGGUGCGGGACACCCGCGGGAUCGCGAACUCGAUCUCGAACCAGCCCAAGAGCCAUGCCUUCGACGGGGAUCUGUGGAAGAUCUGCGAUCAGAUGUGGGUGGACGUCCUUGCCGUCGAUUCGCUCCCAAGGCACCGAUGGAGGCGAGUCCGUUACGAGGACGCGGUGAGGGAUCCAUUCUCGGCGAUGGAGGAACUCUACGACUUCAUGAACAUCCCUUACACGGAAGAAGUGCAGGGUCGCAUCGGGGCCCAUUUCGGCCGAGGACUCGAGGAGGCUCGCUCGAACUACGUCAAGUAUUAUUACUCGACCUACCGGAAUGCGUCCGAGAUCGACCCGGAGCGCUGGCGCGGUCAGUUGGACGCGGGGCGGAUCUCGAGCAUCGAGGAAAUGUGCGGACGCGUCCUCGACGUCCUGGGAUACUCCAGGGGAAAUGCCAUCGAUUUGUGA